AUGGGAAGUAACUCGAACAGAUACGACUUCAUUGUCGUCGGAGCCGGACCUGCCGGAUGCACUGUAGCAUCUUCAUUAGCAAAUUCGAAGAGCAGACCAAAAGUUCUCCUUCUGGAAGCCGGGGGCAAGAACGAUGCAAAAUCGCUGCGCGUCGACGGGCAGCGUUGGAGCACGCAAUUAGUCGAGCAUACGAACUGGGGAUAUAAGACUGCCCCCCAGAGGCAAUGCAACAACCGCGAACUACCGUUCUCACGCGGAAAGGGCCUAGGCGGAAGUACAGCAAUCAACUUUGGGACGUGGGCCUUUGGUGCUCGAGACGAUUACGACAAGUGGGCUGAAGACGUGGGCGAUGAUGCCUUCUCGUGGGAAAGGGUCCAGGAGCGGUUGAAGGCUCUUGAGUGCCUCGACGAGCAAAGUCUCGCGGCAAGGACCAGCAACAAUACAGUUUAUGCCGCCCCGAAACCUACACAUCAUGGGUUCACUGGGCCCUUGCGGGUGGGAUUUGCUCGAGAAUUCGAAGCAGAUCUCCCGUUGGUACUGGACAUAUUUGACCAAGCAGGAUUCGAAAGGAACUUGGACGUCAAUGACGGAAAUCCACUAGGAAUGUCCCUCGGAUUUAACUCUUUUUCAUUUGGUCUCAGGUCCACUGCAGCCGACCUGCUCGUCGAUAUUCCCGACAACUUAAUGGUAAUCACGGACCAGCCAGUUCAGCGCGUCGUUUUUGAUGGACAGCGAGCAGUUGGAGUGGAAUUGAAAAACGCGAAAUACUUUGUUACGAAAGAGGUCAUCCUCUGUGCCGGAACCGUCGAAACGCCGAAGAUAUUGAUGCAUUCUGGUAUUGGCCCAGCCAGCGAACUCCAGAAGUUCCACAUUCCGAUAGUUUGCAAUAUUCCAGCUAUUGGACAGAAUCUCAUCGACCAUUUCCUGGCGCCUUUCGUUGUGAGGCGAAAUCCCCAGACGAAUGACCGCAACUCGUUCUUUCGCGAUCAGAAGGCCAUGCACGCUGCAAUGGAGCAGUGGGAGAAGGACGGAAGUGGCCCAUGGGCUCGGUAUGGGUGCCAAAUCGGCGCUGGCUGGUUUAAAUCAGACCGUCUCAGCUCGUCGGAGGAAUUCAAGCUGCUGCCAGAGUCAGUGAAGGAGUUUCUGAACCGCGAGACAAUCCCGCACUACGAGCUCAUCACGCACUUUCCAAUCCAUUUUGUUCUACCCGACUUAUUUGGCGACGACUACAGCUAUCUUGCGUUUGCCAUGAUUGUAAUGAACCAGCAAUCCUGCGGGAAACUACGGCUUCAAUCGGCGGAUCCGGAUGAGCCUCUUCUUAUUGAUCCUAAUUUCCUUGAUCAUGCCUUCGACCGUCGCGCUUGUAUUGAGACAUUCCGUCAUAUGUCAGAGGUUAUUAACCAUCCCUCAUUUGCAAAGGACACUACAGGUGUUAUUCUGGGCCCUGACUCUGAUUCCGAUGAAGGCAUUCUGGAAUACUGGAGGCAAAAUGGGUUUGCGGGUUUACACGCUGUUGGGACCGUGAAAAUGGGACGGCCUGGCGAUCCUGAUGCCGCCGUUGACAGCCGCUUUCGCGUUUUUGGUGUUGAGGGUUUGCGGGUUGCAGAUUUGAGUGCUGUGCCAUUCGUGCCGAAUAAUCAUACGCAAACUACUGCGUAUGUUACUGGUGCCACGUGUGCUGAAGUUUUACUUGAAGAUUAUAAUCUGGACUAG